AUGGUUGGUCGAUGUUCUUUCUCUGGAUUUUGGCAUUGGCAUUUGACAAUGCAGCAUUGCAACAACGAGAACGACUUCUUCGGGUCUUUCAAUAGCAGCUCAAACAGUCCAUUUGGUUUCAAACCAUUGGCUACAAAAUCAAAUUUUGGUCUCCCGCCAACUGGACAGAGAAAUGAUGUCGCUAGGGUGUUGAAACCGCUCAUAUCAAUCUCUGCGAACACUGCACAUGCAUCGACUCCAUAUAAUCAUGUCAAUCCAAACAUCAACAGUUUCCCGCCGACGAGUUCUCACUACUGCCCUUACUUCAAGACUUCAACUAGAGGAAAUGCAAAGGGAACGAUCAAAAGAUCAGCGCCUAUUGGCAAAAAAGUUCAAAAGGAGAAAGUGCCAAAAAAUCCAAAGAAGGAGAAGAAAGAUUUUACAGGUGGUGAUAAGAAGAAGAAGAGCAAGACAGAGAAGCACAUCUUCAAUGAUGAAGAUGCUGAGGAUUGUUUACGGAUGCUGGAAGAAAUGAAAGAAGAACCGAAGAAAGAAGAGAUGCCGUCGACCCCGGAAAAGGAUAGAUGGGUCAAUAUGGAAGUUGAUCGGAUCUCCGGACUUGAGCUUUUUGGAGUCGAAACGGAAAUUGAGUCGGUUUGGAAUCCGUUGAUCAGCAUCGGAGACAUCAUCGGAAACUGUGGAAACUUUGAGACUAAUGAAAUCGACGGAAUCAAUAGAGCCGAAGAAUUCGAAAGUCGCUUUUUCAACUAA